CCGCCGUCUAAAGAUGCAGCCUUGGCUUAUUUGGAUGAAGGCAAAGAAAAGCCAGAUAGACAGGCUAUUGUUGUGGUAUUCAAAGGAGCGGCUCAGCCCCCGAUAGUCGAGGAAUACCUUGUUGGCCCAGUAUUUGCACCGAAUAAAUACGAGCUGCUGAGAGUAGACGGUCGGUCUUAUCCUAUCAACUUCGACGCAAGAAUGGCGUUUUCUCCGCAAGAAGAAAUACCAUUUUACAAUGAGAUUGUUAUACCACUGGGUACAAAAMUCCACCGUCUUUUUCAUGAGAGUUAUGACGGGUACACUAUUAUCAAUUGCACGUCUACUAAGUGUUUGAUACCCAUCCAAUCGGCGCCACUCGGKCUAACUAGUAACACGAGAGAAAAUUGGUACACUUUGGCGCGUCUUCAAAUAGCAGUUUACUCGAAUCCUGUAAACUUUGAAUUUUACUUGAAUCAUGCUGGUAGCAACUCGUCAAAAUGGCGCAUAGAAAAGUUGUUGUACAACGGGCAGCUUUUCAACUCUACUGAAGAACUAAUGGAUGCCUAUGACAAGGGAAAACUCGUCAAGACAUUUAUUCCUGCCCCUGGAAAGGACAAAAUYUUCUCAACUUACGAAAAACGMGGAAAGGAACAGCCUUCCAAAYCCAGUCGAGGUCCUGAACAGUACGAGCCCGAUGGAAAACGUUACUCUGUGAAAGGUAGACAUAUCGAGUACAUGAACUGGGCUUUUGACUUCCGAGUUGAUUCAUCAAGUGGACUUCAAGUCUAUGAUGUAAGAUUUGGAGGGGAGAGGAUUGCGUACGAGAUCAGUUUACAGGAGGYUGUAGCGACUUAUGGCGGAUAUUAUCCCGCACAGAUGAGUAAUAAUUAUCUUGACAGAAGCUACACAAUGGGAGCUUUUUCGUUUGACCUCGUUCAAGGUAGGAAAAUCCGGAACCGCGCGCGUUACACCUACAAUAGUAAGGUUAUACGACUAUCGCUCAACAAGUUCCUAUCAACGUCUCCGCCAUAUCAAAAUCGAUGCGAAGCUUUCAUUUUCAGUUUUAUUAUUUGUCGAUAUUGAAUUUGAUAGUUAAUGCAUGUCGGAUCCAGAAAUUUUGAAGGGG